AUGGCGCAAAAAGACGAUUAUCAGAAUAUCUUCCACUGGGCAGAGACCCAAAAGGACGGCAGCAUCCCCUCGUUCGCCACGCGAAAGAAUGAUCCUUAUGAGUAUCUGUCAGGCUUCAACAACCAUCAUGAGUCUGAAGCUAUCCCCGGCACGAUUCCUCAGGGACAGAAUAGUCCUCGAUGUGUGAGGUUCGGGUUAUAUGCUGAGCAGAUGACCACGUCGUUUGGUGCUUCUCGACAGGCGAACAAGAACUCGUGGCUGUAUCGUGCGCGGCCAGCUGUGGCCCAUCAAGGUUUUACCGAUAUGCCUAAGGUUGAAGGCACUGAAAGCUGUUUCCUGCCCCUCAACCCCGAGGUCAGGAUAUCGCCAACUCAAUUAGCUUGGCUCCCUUUCGAUAUUCAAGAAGGCACUGACUUUGUCUCUGGUCUUCGCACCGUCGCUGGGUCAGGUGACCCCACUCUGAGAGAAGGCCUCGCAACACACAUCUUCUCCGCAACAAAGAGCAUGGAAAAGCGAGCCUUUGUCAAUUCAGACGGAGACUUUUUGAUCAUUGCCCAGCAAGGUGCUCUCGAUAUUCAAACCGAGUUUGGCAAUCUCUACGUCCAACCUGGUGAGAUCUGCGUCAUCCAACGUGGUCAGCGCUUCAGAGUCUCAGUCGAGGGACCGACUAGAGGAUAUAUCCUCGAAGUAUGGGGCGCUCAUUUUGAACUGCCUGAGCUUGGCCCUCUUGGAUCCAACGGUCUUGCCAACGUGAGGGAUUUCUUGUAUCCCAAGGCAAGCUACAACGUAACCCGCGAUGACCCCUGGGAGAUCGUGUACAAGCUCGGUGGCCGAUUUUUCAAGAGCACUCAGAACCACUGUCCGUUUGAUGUAGUUGCUUGGCAUGGUAACUACGUGCCUUACAAAUACGAUCUGACUAAGUUUAUCAACGUUGGGUCUAUCUCUGUGGACCAUAUCGACCCUUCGAUCUUCUGCGUCCUGACUGCUCGCGGAAGAGAUGAGAAUGCUCCUCUGGCAGACUUUCUCAUCUUCUCGCCUCGGUUCGACACCGCGAAAUUCACCUAUCGCUUACCCUACUUCCACCGCAAUGCAGCCUCCGAGUUGAUGGGCCUUAUCUAUGGAGAAUACGCAGGCCGAUCUGAUGAUUUCCAGCCCGGAGGAAUCUCGUACGAAUGUUCCUGGGUCCCCCACGGAGUUGAAUACAAGGAAUUUGAGGCAGCUUCGGCACAGCCUCCCCCUGCGAUGCAGAUCUCCAAAGGUGCGGUAGCUUUCAUGUUUGAGAGUUGCAAGCAGUUAACCAUCACGGAUUGGGCGUGGAACAGCGACAAGAAGCAUGAACAUGAGCCCAAGAUGUGGGAUGAUUUGGUGGAUAACUUUUCAUCUCAUCAAGAUGAGAUUAAUCAGAUCUUGGGGAAGAAAUGA